UCAAAGGUGCAAGGCGGAAAGCAUGAUGGUUAGGGAAGAUAGCUGAAGCUACUUAAAUGCGACAAAGUUUGUUUACAAACAUCUUUUUCUUUUUUCUUUUGCUGUUCUCGUGAGACAUGACGUCGAAACACCCAGAAGUCUCAGAGCAUGCCCUAAUUAAUUUGAUAUACCUGCAUUUGAAGGAGAAUGGACACGAGAACGCGGCCAACGUGCUCAGAAAGCACGCCCCUCAGGUGAAGACUACGAGUGUGAAAGUGUCUCUGAAUGACAUAUUCAAGAAAUGGCUGAGUGAGGAAAGUGGAAAGAACAGUACAAGAGAAGAUCCACAAGGGAAAUCAACGGUCAGCAACGCAGCACCCAAAAAUGUCCCCAAGGAAGGACCCAAGAUUAAAUCUAAAAAACACAACAAAUUACAGGUACAGUCAACAGCUGGAACAGGGAAUCGCGAAAGGAAAAGACCUCAGAAAAAGAAGGACAAGACAGCCGUUUCAGAAGGAGGCCACAUAGCUGUUCCGGAACCUGCAUUCAGUCCCACAGUAGGAGAAGAUUCUGACUCAGAUUCCAGCCUCGAUGUGGAGAAGUGGAAAAGAUUAGCCUUAGAGUUCUCUGUGCCCAAACCAAAAAGGACCAGGAAUGUGGGACGUGGUAUCAGCUCUACAAAAAAGGACAAAUUACAGACAACAGCUGGACCAGGGAACCAGAAAAGUCCUCAGAAAAAGGACAAGGCAGUCAGUUCAGAAGGAGGCCAGACAGCUGUCCCAGUACCUGCCUUCAUAAGUCCCACAGUAGAUAAUUCUGACUCAGAUUCCAGCCUCGAUGUGGAGAAGUGGAAGAGAUUAGCCUUAGAGUUCUCUGAUGCUGGCACAGCAAAGACAAACAUCAGCACCUCUCCUGCAGCCUUUUCAGAGAAGUCUGCAAAAAUAAGACAGCCAGCCAAGACAAAAAACGAUAGAGGCACAAACAUAAAGGCCAGGCCCUCUCCCAGGAAAACUAAGACUAAACCUGCCAUAAAUUCAAACACCACUAAAACAGAGAAACCUUCAAAAAAAAGAACCAAGAAAACUAACAUUAUUACACUAGAUAAUAUGGAAACUUCAUCCAAGAAAGCAAAAGAUAAAGGCAGCUUUUCAGAACCUAAUAUGGUCGAGAUCCCUGUAAAUAAAAUGAACACUCUUUCAGAACAACUUGUAAUCCCUACGACUGAUGGUCUCUCAGAGAAUGGCACAAUUACCCACCCCCCUGAAAAGGUUAAACACAAAAAGAAAAAGAGCCAGUUAGAAUCUAAUAGCUUUGAAACUACAACCAAAAAGGUUGAGACUCAGAAACCAGAAAAUCCAAUAGAAUGUAAACAAGUCAAGAGUUCCUCUAAGAAAGCUAAAUCUAAAGUUGUUACAUCUCCUGAGCCUUUAGGUGGGGAGCCUCCUUCUGUGGAAGGUGAGGCUGGGGCUGCCAGUAGCCGCUUAAUAUUUGACCAUUCGGGAAAGAACAAUGCGUUUUCAGAUCUAGUUGAAACUCCCUCUAAGAAAGCUAAAUCUAAGAAGUCUGUUGAACACACAAAACCUGUAGAUGGGAAGACCCCAUCAGCAAAAGCUGAUGCUGGGGUGGCCAAUAAACAGUUAAUAUCUGAUCGUUCAGAGACUCCAUCAAAGAGAGCCAAGGCUAAAAAGUCUAAUGAUGUUCUUAGUCUUACACAGAUUGACAUUCCUUCUAAGAAAGCUAAAGCCAAAAAAGCUAAAGAGCUUCCUGAACCAUUAGCCGUGAGGACUCCAUCAACAAAUGCUGAUGCAGAGGUUGCCUACGGGCAAUUGACGUCUGAUCAGGUAGAGGCUACAUCAAAAAUAGCCAAGGCUAAAAAGUCUAGUGACAUUCUUAGUCCUACUCAGGUUGAGACUCCCUCUAAGAAAGCUAAAACUAAGAAAGCUAAAGAGCUUCCAGAGCAUUUAGCUGUGAAGACUCCAUCAACAAAUGCUGAUGCAGAGGUUGCCUACAGACAAUUGACGUCUGAUCAGGUAGACGCUCCAUUUGAAACAGCCAAGGAUAAAAAGUCUAGUGAUAUUCUUAGUCCUACUCAGGUUGAGACUCCCUCUAAGAAAGCUAAAACUAAGAAAGCUAAAGAGCUUCCAGAGCAUUUAGCUGUGAAGACUCCAUCAACAAAUGCUGAUGCAGAGGUUGCCUACAGACAAUUGACGUCUGAUCAGGUAGAGGCUCCAUCCGAAACAGCCAAGGCUAAAAAUUCUGAUGAUAUUGAGAGGCUUCUACAAAUCGAGACUCUCUCUAAGAAAACUAAAGCCAAAAAAGCUAGAGAUCCUCCAGAGCCUGUGGCUAUAAACACUCCAACUGGUGAAGUUGAAGCUGAGAAUGUCAAUAACUUAAACAUUGAUCACUCAGAGUCUCUGUCAAAAAAAAAAACUAAGAAACCAGAAAGUGCUGCAGAGCUUCAUCCAGGUGAGAAACCCUCUAAGAAAGUAAAAGCUAAGGAAACGGACAGUAUCUCAGAGCUAAAUAUAAGUGAAACUCCAUCUCAGAAAAUUGCAGCUGUUGCCCUCUCAGAACCGGUUUAUUCUGAGAGGCCUUCUAAAAAAGCUAAACAUCAGAUAUCAAAUACCCUCUUGGAAGCUCCUCUCUCAGAGACACCGUAUAAAAAGUCUAAAAACAAGAAAAGUACAGAAGCUGAUCAGGCUGAGUCUCCCUCUAUGAAGGCCUGUUCAGAUAUCGGGGGAGCUAGCAAAAAACACACCUCCAAAAAGAGCAAGAGAAAGAUGCCUGACAACGUAGAAAGUGCUGAGACUCAUUCAGUAACAGAUGUCUCUAAAUCAGCAGAACACAUUAAAUCCAGAGCAGAUGAUCACAGUAGUCUUUUAACUAACCAGACAAUUUCUUCAGAGGAUAUCAUCAGCCCUAGUACCCAAACCCAGCACGCAGAAAAGAAAAGGAAAAGUAGAGAUGAAGAAAACAUAAAUGUUUCAGCUCCUGAGGAUGGUCCUGCAGAGCCAAAGAAGAGGAAGAAAGAGAAGAAAAAGAAGAAAGAGAGUGAUGACAGUGUAGUGGAAGAUGUUCCACCAGCUCUAUUGUCAGAGGUGUCGGUGGAUAGCCUGGCAAGCAGUCAGGAGAAAAAAAAGAAGAAAAAAAAGAAAGCAAGAGAUGAGAAGCAAGCACUUGUGCCUUCUCCAAUUCCUGAAGAAGAAACUCCAAAAAAGAAAAAGAAGUCUUCAAAAGAAAAGGCACAGGUGAAUGAUGUGACACAAGAGGGACGUAUCUAAAUGCAACUGAUGAUUGGUAGACAUCUGAUGGAUCUCACAGCAGAGGCUUUCAAACUGGGACAUGAAAACAAACAUUGUGUAUGCCGUCCUAUUUGAAUGUUUAAUGCAUAACUGUAGAUAUAUGUAUAUACGUGUGUGAGUGAAGGAGAAUAUUUUAACAUUUUUAGAGGAGUGCUUCUGUACAUCUUUUGUGUUUAGAACAUCCUGUGAUUUAUAUUUGUAUUCCUUUUUAAAGUGAGAUGAACAUACCUUAACUGCUGCUGGUUCGUGGAUUUUAGGACUCAAAAACAAAACUCAUGUCACCGACCGAUGUUCAGAUGCAUCUUUUAUAAUCUUACCAUUUAUGAUCAUUGUUGUGAAAAAGAACCUCUGUCUUUUUACUGUAUAUAACAUAACUGUAUUUCUAUUUGCAAUGUUUUUGACAAAUAUAUUUUCACAUUUUCGUA